GGAAGAUCAGUUUCAUUUUCAUCUCUCUCCCCACUUCUUUCUCCUCCACCUCAGCAGCAUGUCUGGCCAUGCAACCAACCUCCGUUUCAAGCUCCCGGCAAUAUGUUUCCUCCUCCAGCUCUUCACCAUCAUCCUCUUCGCUGUUUUCGUCCGCUACGAUCAAGAGACCAGCGCCAGGCUCUGGCACGAGGAGCUGAGCCACCACAACAAAAGCAACCGGGACAACGAUUUUUACUUUCGCUACCCGAGUUUCCAGGAUGUCCACACCAUGAUCUUCAUCGGUUUUGGCUUUUUGAUGACCUUCCUGAAACGUUACGGGUUUGGCAGCGUAGCCUUCAACUUCCUGAUCGCGGCGUUCGCUAUCCAGUGGUCUACGCUGAUCCAAGGCUUUUUCCACUCUUUUCACGAUGGCAAGAUUCACAUCGGAAUAGAGAGCAUGAUCAACGCCGAUUUCUGCUCCGGAGCCGUCCUGAUCUCCUUCGGAGCAGUUCUGGGCAAGACAAGCCCCAUCCAGCUACUGCUGAUGGCCUUAUUCGAAGUCACACUCUUUGGUAUUAAUGAAUAUGUCCUGCUCAGUCUCAUUGGGGCAAAGGAUGCUGGGGGCUCCAUGACCAUCCAUACCUUCGGGGCUUAUUUUGGAUUGAUGGUUUCGCGGGUCUUGUAUCGGCCCCAGCUGGACAAAAGCAGGCAGAGGGAAGGCUCCGUGUACCAUUCAGAUCUCUUUGCUAUGAUCGGAACAAUCUAUCUAUGGCUCUUCUGGCCAAGCUUCAACUCUGCCAUUACAACUCAUGGCGACGAUCAGCAGCGGACGGUCAUGAACACCUACUUCUCCCUGGCUGCUAGCACGCUGGCCACCUUUGGCACGUCUGCCCUCAUCAAUGGGGAAGGCAAACUGGACAUGGUCCACAUUCAGAACGCAGCCUUAGCCGGCGGGGUCAUGGUCGGGACAUCAGGCGAGAUGAUGCUGACUCCAUUCGGUGCCAUGAUCGCCGGGUUUCUCGCUGGGCUCGUUUCUACCCUGGGCUUCAAAUUCCUCACGCCCAUCCUGGACUCCAGACUAAAAAUACAGGACACAUGCGGGGUCCACAACCUCCACGGGAUGCCGGGCGUCCUGGGUGCUCUCCUGGGAGCUCUGGUGGCAGCUCUGGCAACGCAAGACGUCUAUGGGGACGGGAUGGCUGACGUGUUCCCUUUUAUCGCUGAUGGAAGCCGGACGGCAACAUACCAGGGAAUCUGCCAGCUCUUCGCAUUACUCAUCACGCUGGGGUUCGCUGUUGUCGGAGGAAGCCUCGUGGGAGCUGCCUUGAAAAUCAGGUUGUUGGGGUCCCCUCCGGACACACAGUGCUUCGACGAUCAGAUCUACUGGGAGGUUCCUGAGGAUCAUCAGGACGGAUACAUGAGGGCUGUGAACUCCGAGGACCCCGAAAGGAGUGCAAGUGUCUAAUGGGAUUUCCCUCUGCGUCGGCACACCUCAGCCAGCUCGCCACGUGGGCCCACCUGAUUCAAGCCAUCCAGUACAGGGGGAGAUUUCCCAAGCAUCAGCCGACCGCAAAGGGUCUUAGUCUGAAAGAGCCUCAUUUAGCCUGAGCUGUGGACAGAGGCAUAGCAGCUUGUGAUGGGAAGCCAGAACAUGGUCUCCACCCCAUCCCACCUCCUCUUGCAAGGAUCCCCUUGGUGCAUUGCAGCUACAUUCCCACGCCUGUUCUCCCUGUGACAGGACUAGCCCUGCUCAUCUGUCCCAUGCCUGGAAUACAAAGCAAAUGGAAGCCAGGAUCCACGUUCCCAUGGAGCUAACAAUUUCUUCACCCCAUUCAGUCUCACUUGCUAUCCAGGCUCCUUUCGAGAGAAAAAUGAUGCAUGGCAGUUUAGAGGAUAGACUGAGAGAUCUAGGUUCAGUUCCCAGCUCGGUCAGACAGCCGGUGUGAGAUCAGGCCAGUCCUUUAGGACUGGUGUACACACCUGUUUCACUGAACUCGUGCAAACUGUGUGGAUUCUCUUAUUUCAGUUUAACGGGCUGAUCAGUGGCUGAUCUUAAACCUGUUCCUCGUUGACUUCAGUUAAACCAAAAUAAAGCGCUCCGAGUGAAAUGAUCACCUCCAUCCAGCCUUGGGCACUGGUAUAAAACCCCCCCAUACCUUUGGUUUAACCAGUGCAGCUUUGCAUGCAGGCAAGCCCUUAAUCCCGCUGGGCCUCAGUUUCCCCUCUCUAUAUUAAAAACGAAACCUUUCUGAGAUGUUUAGAUUUUCAGGCAGGGACUGUCUCUCACUAUGUGUCUGCACAGUACUCAGUCCAGUGAGGCCCUGAUCUCCGGUAGCACCUGGAGAUGCUACCAUCAAAGUAACUAAUCGUUCAAGGAGUCUUGAGAGACAGGUCAAAAGCCUUCAAAGCUGGUCCAUCAACCCAAGACAGAGGUACCUGGGUGUGUCCAUUUUAAGCACUAUGGAUGCAACAGGAUUCUGUUUUAACUGCAGCCUUUUUACACACCGUUGUCCUGUUUUCUUGCCUUGACAAUGGGAUUUAGGCCAGCUCGAUGUACAGAUUUUUCUACCAGCUCCGCAGAAACUGUCAGCUAGGGGUGUGGUUUGCUUUAACCAAACAGAGCUAUCCUGGAGCCCAGGGGCGGUGGAACGGGGGCAGCAGCACCUGGUGGCUUGAAGUAAAAAUAGCAACUGAAGCCCAGUUUCCAUCCUAGGCAGGGUUUACAGUUUGAUUCAGUGGCUCUC